AUGAAUUCGGCGUUGGCGAUGCUGGUAUUCUUAUCUUGGGUGUUGCUUCCCAUUUCGAACGCCCUACACAUCACCGACGAGACUAUCGACAACUUCCUCCUCGAAGAGUAUGAUUACAUCGUCGUCGGAGGUGGUCUCUCAGGCUUGGCCGUCGCCAACCGUCUGAGUGAGGAUAAGAAUAGUAAGUCUUUCUUCUUUCUCAUCCUCCGCGCGCGCGCGCGCUUCGACAAAGCUGACCAUACGCCAGCGGCUGUUCUCGUGAUCGAGUCUGGCGAGCUCGACGGACGCGAGAGCAGGGUCAUCGCGCCUGGCUACAUCGGCCUCACACCGCCCUCGCCAUACGGCAAGAGCGUCACAACGGCUCCUCAGACCUUCCUCGAUGGCAAGACGCGCGAGAUCAGCCAGGGCAGAGUCAUUGGCGGCGGUUCCGUCACGAAUGGCAUGUGCUGGACCAGAGGAUCGGCAGCGGACUUUGAUGCUUGGGAGGAGCUGGGAAACCGAGGAUGGGGAUGGAAGAGCCUUCUUCCCUAUUUCAAGAAGGUUGAGACGUAUACCACGAACGUUGAUCAAGAUACUCAGGACCGCCUCAACAUUCACCCAGAUAUGUCGGUUCAUGGCACAGAAGGACCCAUCAAUGUCGCCUAUCCGGAGUACUUUUACAACUCGUCGGACCAUGUAAUUCACGGACUAUCAGAGAUGGGCAUCCACCUCUCGGGCGACCUUAACACGGGCGACCCGACAGGAGCCAUGAUGGUUCCGUCCAGCAUGUCUCCCACCAACCAGACCCGCUCCGAUGCAAGAACAGGCUACUUCGACCCGGCCAUCUCGCGUCCGAACCUGCACGUCGUUACCGGGCAGACCGCGACACGUCUCAUUGUGGGCUUGCCCGGCUCGCUGGCCAAGGAGGGAACCCGCCGUCGAAUCAUGGGGGUUGAUUUCUCAUCUGAGCCCCUUGGCAUCAACAGAACAGUCACGACCAGAAGGGAGGUAAUCCUUGCUGCCGGCGCGAUCCAGUCGCCCACGCUUCUCCAGAUUUCGGGCAUUGGUCCUCGCAAAGUCUUGGAGUCAUUGAAUAUCUCUGUGCAGAUCGAUCUGCCAGGUGUCGGAAACAACUUUCAGGAUCAUCCCAUGGCCCAAUUCGGGUUCGACUACUCCAACUCAUCCAUAUUCACUUCUCGUGGCCUCACCGGCGCAGCCUUCGACAGCGCGCUCGACACCUUUGUCACAAACCACACCGGCCCCCUGACCGCCCCCCUAAUCAACACAGUCGCCUUCCCCAGCCUCCAAUACCACGCAUCCGAAUGGAAACCCCUCCUCCAGCACGCCACAAACCAAUCCUCCUUCACCUUUCUCCCGCUCGACACCCCACCGACGGUGCAAUCCGGCUACACCCGCCAAAAGCGCCUCGUCCUCUCCCACUUGGCCCGCCCGGACGUCGGCGCCUACGAGCUCCUCGCCGCCUCCUGGGGCCAGAUGUCCAUCGCCAACCAGAAACCCCUAUCCCGCGGCACCGUGCAUCCCCGCUCGGCCUCACUCUUUGACGGACCCGUGGUCGACCCGCGCUACUGCGCCAACCCUCUCGACUGCAAAAUCAUCCGGCUCGGCCUACAACUUGUCCAACGCCUCAUGCGCACGGAGGCAAUGAUGCCUCUCCAGCCCGUCGUUGAGGACCCGCGCCUCAACUCGACGGACGAGACGGAGCUCAUGGCGGCGCUGAAGCCGCUCGUCGGCACAGAGUAUCACCCCAGCGGCACGACGAGCAUGAUGCCGCUGGAGCUGGGCGGGGUCGUGGACGCGGAGCUGAUGGUGUACGGGACGUGUAAUCUGCGCGUUGUCGAUGCCGGAAUCAUGCCGCUUGUUCCGGGGGCACAUAUACAGGCUGCUGUGUAUGCUGUUGCCGAGAAGGCUGCGGAUAUCAUCAAGGCUGCUGCGGGCGGACCGGACUUGUGUCCCUUGGGUCGGCCCGAGUGGCCGCCUGUUUAA